UUAGCGCUCAGCAGUAGCAUCUUCAUCAAAGGUUUUGUGCAAAAUUAUGCGAUCUUCAUGGGCUGAUUCAGUUGCGAACGCCGAGGAAUCGGCGCCCGCGACUGUUGCUGCUCCCGCUCCUGUUGCCAACCACCAGAACUCGCGCCCCACUCGCAGCUCUUACGUCCCUCCACACCUCCGUGGUCGCUCGCCAGAUAGCCUAGCGCCACCUCCAGCACCAGCUGGAAUUCAGCCUUCCGGACCUGUGCCACCUACUGGUGGCUACGCAGCUGCUGUUGGUGGCACACGCUGGGCUGCUCCUCCUGGCGCUGUUAGCAGUGGUGUAGGCGUUACCCGCCAGACUGGUGGUGGUGGACGUGGUGCUGGCGGCGGCGGCGGCGGCGCUGGUUGGAACUCCCGCCCUGGUUGGGGGGACCGCAGGGACCGCGAACCAAACCCUUUUGGCGAUAGUGAGCCAGUUCCUGCUGUGGCCGCAGAUGUUGACUUCGAGGCUCAGGCCAACACAGGCAUCAACUUUGAUGCCUAUGAGGACAUUCCUGUGGAGACAAGUGGCCAUGAUGUGCCUACCCCGGUUAACACCUUUGCAGAGAUUGAUUUGGGCGAUGCUCUGAAUGAGAACAUAAGGAGGUGCAAGUAUGUGAAGCCUACACCAGUGCAGCGGCAUGCCAUUCCCAUUGUCAUUGGAGGCAGGGAUCUUAUGGCCUGUGCCCAGACUGGGUCAGGGAAGACAGCUGCCUUUUGUUUCCCAAUCAUUAGUGGGAUCAUGAAGUCAAGGCCACCACAGAGGCCAAGAGGCUCCAGGACUGCAUAUCCUCUUGCACUGAUAUUAUCUCCUACACGUGAGCUAUCAGUCCAAAUUCAUGAAGAAGCAAAGAAAUUUGCAUACCAGACUGGUGUUAAGGCCUGUGUUGCAUAUGGUGGAGCACCAAUACAUCAGCAGUUGAGGGAAUUGGAAAGAGGUGUUGACAUACUUGUGGCAACUCCUGGUCGGUUGAUGGAUCUGCUGGAGAGGGCUAGAGUAUCACUGCAAAUGGUGAAUUACUUAGCUCUUGAUGAAGCUGACCGAAUGCUCGAUAUGGGGUUUGAGCCACAGAUACGUAAAAUUGUUGAGCAGAUGGACAUGCCCCCUCGUGGUGUGAGACAGACAAUGCUGUUUAGUGCUACUUUUCCCAAAGAGAUACAGCGUCUGGCUUCAGAUUUCCUUGCAGACUACAUCUUCCUUGCUGUUGGAAGAGUUGGUUCCAGUACUGAUUUGAUUGCUCAAAGGGUAGAGUUUGUCCUUGAAGCUGAUAAAAGAAGUUACCUCAUGGACCUUAUCCAUGCACAGAAAGCCAAUGCUGUUCCUGGGAAGCAAUCUCUUACCUUGGUCUUUGUGGAGACAAAGAGGGGAGCAGAUGCUCUGGAGAACUGGCUGUAUACAAAUGGGUUCCCUGCUACAAGUAUUCAUGGAGAUCGUACGCAGCAGGAAAGAGAAUAUGCCUUGAGAUCCUUCAAGAGUGGAGCAACUCCCAUCCUCGUUGCAACUGAUGUUGCUGCUCGUGGACUUGACAUACCAGAUGUUGCCCACGUCAUCAAUUUUGACCUACCAAAUGACAUAGAUGACUAUGUUCAUCGCAUUGGGAGAACUGGGCGAGCUGGGAAGUCUGGUGUGGCAACUGCAUUUUUCAACGAGGGCAACAUGUCAAUUGCCAGGUCAUUAUGUGAAUUGAUGCAAGAAGCUAACCAGGAGGUUCCUCAAUGGCUUGAGCGCUAUGGUGCCCGUGCAUCGUUUGGAGGUGGUGGCGGCAGAAACCGCAGAUCAGGUGGUGGAGGCGGGGCUCGAUUUGGUGGCCGUGACUUCCGUCGGGACAGCAGGGGUGGUGGCGGCGGCGGUGGAGGCUAUGGUGGCGGCGGUGGUGGUUAUGGUGGCGGCGGUGGUGGUUAUGGUGGUGGUGGAGGUGGAGGCUACGGUGGCGGUGCAUCUAGUUCCUGGGACUGAUAGCAUCUCCUGGUUAUCGUAAGAAUUGAAAUGAGAUGAUCAUCGUAUUCUAUUGACUUAGCUGAAAACAGUUAUUGGGAUUUGUAGUCACUGGUGGGUAUGGUCUGGAAAAUGCCCCCAUUUACCUUAUUUGUGGCUGGUUGUCACAGCACUUGUGUUUCCCGUGUACCCGGUUAUUUUGUUCACUGGCAUGAAGUCUGGGUGGGCUAAUUUUCUUUGCUGCGUUACUGGUUCAGUGGUUCUUUCUGUAGUUCUGGAUGAUGUGUCUGUUGGGUCGCUGGAGUUCAUUGAUGUGCUUCUAGAUGUUUCUAUGUGGGCAAUAGUGAUGUUGUUUUUCU